AUGGCGAUUCAUCUUCGAGUUUGCCCCGCCAUGAACGUCCCUUGUUCUCAUUUUUGGAAGCGCACUCAAGUCUCCCACCUCGACGAAGCUCCAGGAAAAUUCAUUCCUAACCAUUCGAUUCUCGAUUCCAACCUCGACCUCUCGGCCGCGCUGUUCGACCAGCACAAUGUUUUCUCAAACAUUCUUCCUCUUCGAUUUUUCGAAAAGCAGAAGUUCCAGCCGAAGAAAAAAUUUGUCAAGAUCAGAAAUGAAUACAAGCUCAUUGCGAAAGCACUCGUCGACGCUGCAAAAGUUCAGAUGAUGACGACGCAAUUAGCCGCUCCUCCUCUCGGACCUACCGAUCAUCCACUUCCGCCAAGUCCUCCUCCAGAUCUUCACGUAAGAGCGGCAAUGCAUGGGACGAUGCCACUGUUCGCCAAAUGUUCAGACGAUAUCUCUGCAAUUCCUCCAAAGAUCCAGCUGUGA